AUGGCCGACCAAGCCACAUUCCAAGUCAUUGUCUUGGGACCAACGGGAGGACCCCGUGAAGACAGCGUCACAGGCAUUCUUGUCCGAUCGACCUCUACAAAGUGGUCGCCAGACUCUGUGGUAGCCGUGGACGCGGGUACCCUUCUUGCGGGAAUCAUCCGACUGCUGGAGCGAUACAUCCCAGAAUGCAAGGAUGAUCAGGGAUUGAUGACAAGUGGGCCCUUUCAGGGGCUCGAAUUGCCCUACCAAACAGCACAGGCAAAUGCAGCUCAUGUCUUUCGUGAAAUCAUUGGCGCUGUACUCAUAACCCACCCUCAUCUGGAUCAUAUCUCAGGUUUGGCCAUCAACACUCCGAUCUUGGAGGCUGGGGCUGGCCCAAAGCCGGUGGCUGCGUUGCCGUCAGUGUUAUCCGCCAUCAAGAACCACAUGUUCAACGAUGUCAUCUGGCCGAACUUGUCCGAUGAGGAUGGCGGUGCUGGUUUACUCACAUACCAGCGCUUGGUAGAAGGUGGAAACCCUCGCUUCGGUCGUGGUGACAGCAGAGGCUAUGUCAGAGCCUGUAAUGGCUUGUUGACAAAGUGCCUGAGUAUCAGUCAUGGAAAGUGCAAACAACGGUAUCAUCCAGAAAGCGGUAUACAUCAUCGCGCUGGGAGUACUGUCUUUGCAGAACAUCAGUUGAUGAUUCCUUCGAGGGCGAUUUCGGUCGACCAGACCGAUGGCAGUUUCUAUUCUCCUGCUCGCUCUCCUCGUAUUUUCCCCUCUAACCCCAAAGAACCCCCUUUGGCAACAGUUGAGAGCUCGGCAUUCUUCCUGCGCGAUCAUCGUACCGGUAUUGAGAUCAUUGUGUUUGGUGACGUUGAACCUGACUCCGUGUCUCUCGAGUCUCUCAACAAGCGAGUCUGGGAGGCAGCAGCACCAAAGAUUGCCUCGGGCAACCUACGGGCCAUUUUUAUCGAGUGUUCGUACAACGACAGCAUCGACGAUGCCUACCUGUAUGGCCACAUGUGUCCGCGACAUUUGGUCUCGGAGCUUAGCGUGCUAGCUGCGAAAGUAGUGGAAGUGCGCGAAAUAAACUCACCAGACAAAAAGCGCAAACGCGAGGCCGAAAUUCCGGUCGUCCCCGAAGCUCGCAGCGAGCAAGUGAGCCCUCGAUCGAAACGGUCCCAGAGUUAUGCCGAAGAAAAAAGGCCGUCUGUUCCUCUUACUGAGCCUCGCUCACACCCAAGUGAGUCAUUCGAGCUGCCACACGUACCUGCAGCUGCGCCUCCCGACUUUGGUGAUGGGGGCGAUCACGCAGAUAUGGUUGAAGAGCCAGAGCCCGAGGCCUGGGAUGAUACCAAGCCUCUCCCACUGGAAGGGUUGAAAGUUUACAUCAUUCAUAUCAAAGAACACCUUACUGAUGGGCCACCUCCUGGUGAUCUGAUUCUAAGUGAGCUGCAGGCUCAUGGCAAAGCGGCGCACCUGGGUUGCGAGUUCUUUAUUCCUAACCCUUUGGAAGGAAUAUGGAUAUGA